ACAUGUGCAUGUCGAAUGUUGCGUCGAUUUUCUCUUUUCAAAAUAAUACGUGGUUUUUUAAUUAUUCGUACAGUGUAUUUUUGUUUUUACCGAGAAGGAAUCGAAUAAAAUGUGUUUCUACAGUGCAUUUUAAUUUAUAAGAAUUUAAAACUAUCGCGUAUUCGUGAUUUAGUGAAAAUGAAUGGUAAAAAGCGCUGUGAAAAGGGAACUUUCUCGCCAGACGGAAUGCGAGCCGAAAUCCUAAAUCCAUUUGUGCACAAGUUGGAGUUAGACAACGCUUAUGAUAAAAUACGCACGGCAAUUUUCACGGUCAUCCUGCUACCGUUCCGUGUGAUCGUCAUUUGUUACCUGAUCGUGACCGCCUGGUUCCUGGCUUGUGUCGGCCUUUACGGCCUCAGCGAAGAUGACCUUAGAAAGAAACCUAUGACAGGAUGGAGAAGCAAGCUACGUUUCUACAUUCUAUCUCUCAUGAGAUUGGUGGUGGUAGCUGCUGGUUUCCAUCGUGUGAAGGUGUUGGGGCUGGAGCGCAUGGCCAGGGGCCGUGAAGCACCAGUAGUGGUAAUGGCACCGCACUCCAGUUUCUUUGAUGCCAUUGCAAUCGUGGUUCUUGGCGCGCCCAGUGUGGUUGCGAAAGCGGAUACAGCCAAACUACCCUUCAUUGGACAAUUAAUAAACUAUACGCAGCCGGUAUAUGUCUGGCGUGAUGAUCCCAACUCUCGCCAGAACACGAUCAAGGAAAUCAUUGAAAGAGCGACAUCGAAGGAGGAUUGGCCCCAGGUGUUAAUCUUCCCCGAAGGAACAUGCACGAACCGCUCAUGCCUGAUAACCUUUAAGCCAGGCGGUUUCUACCCAGGUGUCCCCGUUCAACCCGUCACCAUUCGAUACCCCAACGCAAAAGAUACGGUUACUUGGACCUGGGAGGGACCUGGCGCAUUAAAACUCCUCUGGCUGACAUUGACACAAGUACAUAGCUCGUGUGAGAUAGAGUUUCUGCCUGUCUACUAUCCUAACGAAGAAGAGAAGAGGAACCCUAAACUCUUCGCCAGGAACGUGAGAGAUGUCAUGGCUAAAGCGCUCGGAGUACCAGUCCUGGACUAUACGUAUGACGACUGCCGACUGAUAGCAAAGGCCAAACAACUGGGCAUUCCCGGCGGCGCAUCUAUUCGGGAAGUCGCCGAAUUGAGAGGCCAGCUCAAACUGGACAUCGCGAACUACGAAGUGGACCUGAUAGAAACAGGUCUGCAGGGCACUCCUCGCUGGCUGACCCUGGAGCAGUUCGCCUUGAGGAUGGAUGUGCUCAUCACCGUGCCUUGCUCUCGGCUUUACAAGAUAUUUGUGCAGCAAUCCAUAAACUUGAUGUACUUCCCUGACUACCUCCUUGCGACGCUCUUCAUCUUGUAUCAGCACGAACCACUUGCUCUGCUUAUUGCCUAUGGAUUUAAGAUUUUCGAUGGCUCUGGUACUGGGAGAUUAGACAUCACAAGCUUCGAAGAGUUAGCGGCUCGAACUCUCAAUCUGGGACCGGAGGACGCUCAUAAUCUCUUCAGAGGAGCCGACGUCGAGAAGAAGGAAUAUAUAACAUACGAUGAAUUCGUUGCCUACGCGACGAAGAAGCCGGAGUUGAGCUUCGUCUUCGCCAGAGACGGGUCUCAAAAGGUGAAAAUCCAGUGAGAGUUGCAGGUUCACAUCCCCGCCGUGCGCGAUCUUCAAAUGCCGGACUAAAGGCACGGGGACGAAGGAGCGAGAAAGGGAAUUCUAUGAAAACGUUUCAAAAGAUAUUUUUACGUAACAAAUAGAUAUGUACCUUAUUAUUAUUUUACGCCUAUCGCAUAUUAUAACGGAUCGGUGUUUGUAAAUUAUUUUAAUAGCGAGUAUUAUUGUAUUUUUUACAAAACCUUUUAUGAAGAGAAUUCAAAGAAAUCUCGUAUGUUUUUUUUUAUAUUAUGAGGAAUAUGUUUGAUUGGAUAAUAUAUUUAAGUCAAAUGAGAACCGCAUAUUAAUAUUAUUAAAGUUCUAUCCCUUUCAUACAUCGCUUGCUUUUGGGGAUUGUGAACGGAACAUGUAAAUACUCAUUAUUCAAUACUCUUUCGAAUACACAGCAAAGCGUGUUGUCUCUUUUUAAAUAAUACUUAGCGAAGGAGACCGAUAUACCGAGUCUAUAGUCGGGUAUAGUAUAAGUUAAAAGCAGUGUUGGCCUCAGGUGGCUUCAGCGUGCGACUCUCAUGCCUGAGGUCGUCGUAGGUUUGAACCCCAGCUGUGCACUGUGUAAAAUUCGGACAGUGAAAGAAAACGUUGCUCGCCUUAGACUCAAAAAGCCGACGGCGUUUGGGAGGCUUAUCACUCGUUUAUUAGGUUGAUAAUUAAUCAUGAAACAGACAUAUAACCUAAAAACGUUGUAGCGCCACUGAUUUAUUAUAGUAUAAGUUAGUAGCUUCUAAGUAGAAAUUAUAUAAAUUGGCUUUAUAACUGUUAUAGUAGUUUAUUGAAUUACGACUUUAUCUAAUUGUAUUAAGGUGUACUUUACAUACACAAUGAUUCUCAUAUUAUGGUUUCUCAAUGUUUAGAAAUAUUCAAAUUAUAAAAACGAAAUAUAGAUAUGCGCUUGAAACGUCUAACACCAAACCCAGUGUCAUCGCUAGCCCAUGAUUUCAUUUGCUAAAUUGAUGACGAAAGAUAGCUAAAUUAUACCAGUAUCAAUACUUUCGUCGGCAAGGGUAUAGGGAUCUCGAACCAAGGACAGGUAGAACAUGUCUUUCAAUGUUUGUCUUUCAAUUGAUGUUGGUAGUUCUGUAUAAUAACGAUUCAAAUGACUGUGACCUAACGGGAAUUUUAGAUCCACCCUUGGGUUGGCUAUUUCAGGACGCUUCAUUUAACCUCUGGUUUUCCGAAUAUACAAUUUUUGGUUGUGUAAAUUAGCAUACAAAAAUAAACAAAUUAAUGUUGCAUAUAAAAAAUUGUCAUACAUUUAGUAUAUAUUCCAUAUUAUUGGCCAUAAUUGAAGAGUUUGAAUCAUUUAAACAAACAAUUGAUACCGUACGGAGCCAUUACUUAUGUGAUAAUCGUAAAAUUAAAUUGAGCUUUUAUUGUAAAUAUUCUUGAGAAUAGGCUUAAUAGGUACUGAUAAUCUACGAAUUAAUCAUUAUAACCUUAAAAUAUCUGUCCCUCUCGUUUCAUCACAGCAUAAAUACAAUUUGACAGAAAGAGACAAAAGUGUACUUUAGUUGUACGUAAAAAUAAGCGCGUAAAUAUAAUUAGUAUUUGCUACGGUGAAAGCAUAAAUUGUGAGGAAAGUCUUGGAAUGAGACAAGAAUGGUGAAUUUACUCUUAAAAGCCUGCCGAGUGAGGCGUGCGUGUGUGAAGAGAGAAAGAGAGAGAAUAGCAAAAAAGCAAUAUAUAGUGAAUUUAGGAACUAUUUAGGUUGAACACCCGGCAUGCACGCUUUAGAAUAUUACUUACGAUGUGUACAAUAAUUUUACCUACAUUUUAUGUUACUUCAACUGUAACUUCCAAUAGUGAUAAUGAUCUCCGUGUUGUCUCGGUUCAAACUUGGUCGCAGAAAGAAAUAUGGAGGUCGCUGUCAUUCCUCUUUAUUAAUAACUGUUAAAGUUACUGUGUAAAAAUAAUAUGGAGGAAAAAAUUCAAUUCAUGUGAAUAUGCAGAUUUUUGUUCGGGUAUAAUAUAAUAAUUAUAUAGCAAUAUAUAAUAUAUAGGCGUCUUUUGCUCACUAAACAAUGCUCAGCGUAAUUGUAGAUAAUUCAUACGUAUUCAUUACGUAUUUUAAACAAGCAUACAUCUCGAUUUGCUAAGUCUUGAAGUUAACAAAAAAUAACAGUAUUAUUUUUGUAUUUCGACCUAAGUACGUAAAUGGCUUAUCAGUUUUGGGUAAAAUAAGUAUGUAAUUAUAACCCUCUUAUUUUAACCGACUUAGUCAUAAAAAUUAAUUAGUUUGAGUAGACUGUUUUUGUUUUUAAAAGUAGAGAAUACACGUGACUUGGCAACAGUCGUAAGCGAAGAAACCGUCAUUACUUAUUGGAUUUACUGAAAAUUUUAAUCUAUACUAAAUGCUCUAAAACGAGCUGAACUCUUAAAUAACGGCUUUGAGUACGACAGUUAACUUUUUCUUUUGCAUUACAAUUUACGAUUAUAGGACUCUCGUGUCGUUUUGCGUGUUUCGUGACCUUUAACUAAUUUAGUUAUUUAUAAAUGAGACCUUUAGUAUUUAAAAUCCUAACAACACAUUUGUAGCAUAUACGAUAGGAUUGCUGAUGAUUAUGAUAGUUAAUUAUUUUUAUAAAUUCUGUUUCUUUAAGUAAACGGUAUAUUUGUUUGUAAAUAUUAUUUUUAAGCGAAUGAGGCGGACUUUUCAUUUUUAGAUUUGUUGAAAACUAGGUUAAUCAGUUUUUAGGAUAGUGUUUUGUUAUGUUUUAUGCUCAGCAUUCCGUUGUUUGUAAUAUUAUUUUAUUUAUUGUGAAAUAAACGUC